CGCGUUUCCGGCCCAGCAUACAUUGUACAAGCGACGUGUGAAUAGGGGUGGUCCUGAUCUGCUAAGAGGGGAAGGCCUUAUUCUGUCUAUUUAUUUAGUCGUUUCUUGUACCGCCGUAUGUAUAUAAUGUUGUCAAAUCGUAUUUUAUCUGUUUCGAUGGAGGGUUUGCGAUUUUUCUAGGCCUUUUGGUGUCGAGUAACACACCGGGACACCCCCUCUUUUCGUUUGUCGAUCGUAACGUCCGAACGUCCAGCUGAUUGCUUUGAGUGCCGUUCAAUUAUUCCAGUUCAAACUGAGCCGUUUUGUUGGAAGAGAUUCUUUUUGGGCGAAACGGGACGAAUUUACCACCGUUUUCAUCGAUGGGUGUACUUUAAAACAAAGGGGACAUUUAUCGUUUUGUCUAACGCGAGGGUUGGAUCGUUUUUCCCACUGAAAGACCAGGCCGCGGACUCAUCCCCAGCCUCGCGUUUUCAUAUCGGUUUUUGUUGGAAGUCAUGGGAGACACUAGUGAACGAAGCAAACCUCCGAGUCUACCUCCCCGAUGUCCCUGCGGAUUUUGGGGGUCCAGUAAAACCAUGAACCUCUGCUCCAAAUGUUUUGCUGACAUCCAGAAGAAGCAACCAGGGGAGGACUGCACCUCCAAGCCUAUCCAAAGCACUGGGAGUAGCCAGUCGCCCGUUUUCAGUAGCGAGACGAGCAGUAGCAGUAGCCAGUCCCUUUUGUCGUCACCGCCCUCCAGCUCUGAGCAGCCAUCGCCUGAAGAGCCCUCGCCCACAUUCCCCAGCAUGAGGGAAGGUGUGUCGUCCACAGAAACAGCCCAAGGUACACUCUGCACACCCACAAAACGUCCACGAGAAUCAGCCUCAGGCUCAGAGAGCGAGGCGACACCAGAGAAACGGCCACGGACAGACGCGAAGGAGGGGAGCAGCGAGGAAUCCUGCAGGACGCCCAAGCAGAAGAACCGCCGGCGCUGCUAUCGCUGCCAAACCAAACUAGAGCUGGUGCAGCAGGAACUGGGCUCCUGUCGCUGUGGCUAUGUAUUCUGCAUGCUGCACCGUCUACCCGAGCAGCAUGACUGCCUGUUUGACCAUCUGGGCCGUGGCCGUGAGGAGGCCGUCCUCAAGAUGGUGAAACUGGACCGCAAGGUUGGCCGCUCGUGCCAGCGCAUUGGGGAGGAGUGCUCCUGAUUGGUCACGGUGUGACCAGCGAUCCAGUUAAAGAUGAGGCGCUUACAGAAGAUGAGGGGGAGGUGGUGGGAGGAGAAUGACAAGGUGG